GUACAGCCUCGAGGGAGCGCGACUGCACCCACCACCUGCGGCGACGGCGGAACAGCUUUGAAGCUUCACUGCAGCCAUGGCAGACCAAGCAGAGGCCGCCUUUAUCAAAGCCUUUGUGAAUGGUAUCUCGCAGCAGCCUGUCAACUAUCCAGACGAUUUCCAGCCCCCUCUAGAGGAUUAUCUGAAGAGGGUGCCAACGUUGCCUAUCGAUGUACCCGCGCCUCCCGAAGUUAAAAAGGCGGACGAUGUACCGGCCGGCGCGAUCAGCAUAACCAUAAAGUCCGUCAAGCCCCCACAGACCUACACACUGUCCGUACAGGCCACCGACACUAUCCAGACAAUCAAGACUCAGCUCGCGUCGGAGACCGGUGCGCCCCCAGCAGACGUCCAGCGGCUGCUGCUCAAGGGCAAGGCCCUCGCGGAUGCCAAGCUCCUCAAGGAGUACGACGUCAAGGACGGCGACACCGUGAACCUCAUGGUCAAGCCCGGCUUCGCGUGGGAUCCGGCCGCGCCGCCGAAACCGGAAGCGAAGCUCGCGCCCGCGGACAGCCCGCCGAUGAUCACGCUCGUGCCCGAGCCCAAGGAGUCCCGGACACGCUCCGGGCACCAGCGCAUCCCGUCCGUCGUGUUGUCGCCGUCGCCGUCGCUCACGCCUAUCGCGGACGAGGUGCUCGUCGACAUACCCCUCGUGCUCGACACGUCGAACAUACCCCCGCCGUCCGUCAGCACGGCGCCCGACACCCCGUACCACACCGUGGUCUCGAGGCCCGAGUUCUGGGGCCGGCUGCACACGUUCUUAAAAUGCCUAUCUUCGACUUCAAUCCCUGAAUAG